AUGACAGUUGCAAGUCCCACCAGAAAUGCGAUCAUAGAUUGCGAUCCUGGUAUCGACGAUUCCACGGCUCUGCUUCUUGCACUGGCGCCUGGAAAUCUUAACGUUCGCGCGAUAACAACUGUUUCGGGAAAUUUGAUAGCCAGCAGAUGCACUGAGAAUGUCAAGAAGAUCCUCACAAUGGUGGAAAGGACGGACGUCCCUCUGGGCCAAGGCCCGGAGAAGCCUUUAGUGAGACCUUAUCCAAGAGAUCCAUUUUUCCACGGGGAUGACGGAAUGGCAGAUUUGGAUAUGGAAGAGCUCAAAAUGGAAAACAAGUAUACCCAGGAUAUUCACAACGCUACUGACCUUAUUAUUGAUACUGCCAACAAGUACCAGGGCGAUAUAACGUUCGUCGCACUUGGACCUCUCACCAACCUGGCUCUUGCUUUGAUCAAAGACCCUUCUUUGCCGCAAAAAAUUGGCAAGGUGAUCAUCAUCGGAGGGUCUUUUGGGUUCAAUAUCUGCGAAGGUUUGCAUGCUACUGGUGACAAUCCCGUUAGUGAAUGGAACAUCUACGUGGAUCCAGAAGCUGCAGAGAUUGUUUUCAACGCGGGAUUCGAUCUAACUGCCAUUGGAAUGGACAUUUUCUGUCAGCCAUCCAUUGCGAUGACACCAGAGUCUCACAAUCAGCUUCUGGCUUCCAGCUCUGUGGCUGCGAAGUUUGUGACUGGAGUUCUUGCCUUUUUGCGCAAACGUGGCCAUGGCGAUUACUGUGCCUUGAUCGACUCCUUGGCCGUCGCGCUUGCCAUCGAUGCAAGCAUCAUGGAGACGGAAGAGGUCAGUGUAGCCGUUGAGACCCAGAGUACUCUUUCAUUGGGCCAGGUCAUUGUUGACAGGAGAAAGAACUUCAAGUGGACUCAUCUACCGACGAUACAGGCCGCAAAAACCGUGGACGGGGCCAAGUAUCUGAAGUUGCUGGUAGGAAGUUUUCAGGAUUCUGAAUAG